AUGGCGAGGUUGAGGUCUGUGAAGGAGGGUUUGGGGGUGGGAGAGAAUUAUGCUGUUAUUGCUUUCGGUGAUGCUGCUUCGUUUUGUCUGGAUCACUUCCUCAAACCCACGAACGCGAGUCGUCUCUGUGCGCUGGUUGCCUACUAUCCAGCGACAAUCCCGGAUACACGGUCUCGGUUCCCGCCGUCGCUUCGAGUGUUGACGCACCUGGCUGGUUCGACGGUGGAUGUAACAACUGUCCCAACAGCCCUAGGCCUACAAGGAAAGAAACGCCGGAGGACACGACAGAUCAAUCCAGGUAUCGGGACAGGCGAGCGUCUUAACAUCGGGUUCCCGACAUAUACAUAUGAGUAUGUACAGCCUGGUUUCGCAGAGCACGAUCUAGAUGAAUAUGACCGAUUGGCGUCUGAACUCGCCUGGACGCGCACUCUCCAUGUUCUACGGAAGGGAUUUGGGAAGGACCUUGAUUUAGAGGGGAGAUGGGAGGAGCACCAAGAGGGAAAAUUCUUCUCCUCUAAUCUCUCCACAACAAUGGACCACUACGCCACGCACCUCACACCAACAGUCACCUACACCCCAACUCUAACCGGCGGCAUUGGUACCAAUUCCUUGCGCCGCUUCUACGAGCAACACUUCCUCCGCUCCUUACCACCAUCCAUGCGUCUUCAUCUCAUAUCCCGUACAGUAGGGGUAGAUCGUAUCGUCGACGAACUGUGUGCUUCUUUCGAGCAUACGCAUGAAAUUCCCUGGAUGCUCCCCGGCAUCCUGCCGACAAACCGGAAGGUGGAAAUCAUACUGGUCAGCAUUGUUAGUAUGAAAGGGGGGAGAUUGUCCUCGGAACAUGUGUAUUGGGAUCAGGCUAGUGUGCUUGUGCAAGUUGGGCUGUUGGAUCCGAAGCUUGUGCCACAGGGUGUGCAGGGUGUAGAUCGGUUACCUGUUGUUGGGGGAGAAGCUGCGCAGAGGAUGUUGCGUGAAGAUCCAGAGACAGACGACGAAUUUCAUAAUCGGUUGAUUCGGAGGGCGAAUGCUCAGGGGAAGAGUAAGGGGAAUGAUGAGAAGGCCAGUAUGGGAUCUGGGGUUGAUUCGAAGGUUGAGGCUACGAAUAAUGAGGGUAAGGGUAAGUCUGUUCAGAGGGAAGGGAAUGCUGCUGGUCCGGAGACGGAGAGUUAG